AAAAUAAAUAUAAGGGCGGCCAUCUUUGUUUCUCUGCCUUGUAGUGUAAAAUAUUCCAAAACGCCCCCCACUUUUUGUGUGUCGAUUUGAAUAUUAAAUAAAUAUCAUAAUUCGAAAGGAAUACACUUUUGCAUCUCGCGGAACGGGGUCACCGACGGGAAUAUAAUGUCCUCUCUUCUCCGUUCUUGUGAGGAAGAUGAGGGCACGGCGGUUAAUUCCGAGGGAGGAGAUUUUGAUGAAGAAGAAGACGACGGAGACCUGGACGAGAACGCAAGCGACAUAAACUCACCGGCGGCGCCUACAGAAACUGCAGCGAGAGCGGCGCCAGGUACCGUACAGUCCGCGGCACACGCGGGAGCGCGCGCGGGGCACAAAACACAUCGAAACAAACGCGAAUGCUCCUAAAAACUGCGAUAGCGACAACUGCGUUACUGCAUACUUCAUUCUGGCUCCUCUAAAGCGGUUGGGCGUUGUGAACGCUUUAUUUAUCCAAGUGCAUUUCAGCAAAGAGUUGCAUAGAGUUUGGCUAAAGUUGACCGAUCCCCCUCUCUCUGUCCCGUCUGUGUCAUUCAUCAGGUCUGUCAUAUGAUGGUGCUUUUUCAUCUCCAGCUGUGAUCCGACAAUGGAUCAUUAAGCCGCCACCAUGUCGUUUUUGUCUGCCCUGAAGGUCACAGACUCAGCACUUAAGCAGAUAAAGAAGAAUAUGACAAUGCAUUGAUCUAAAAGCGGGCCGGAAAGAGGCGUGAGCAUCAGGACUACCGUUGUGAUUGUGACAAUGUAAAUAAACUUGACCCGACCCACUGUCAGUAAAGGGCAGAGAUCUGCGAUGCGAUGCUUUCACUUUGCAAAAUGCCAAUUUGUACACUGUCAUCACCCUUCGGAUGAUGGCGAUGACAUUGGGGAGACAUUGGACAGGGACAACCUGGGGAAAAAGAAACGAGGCCCUAAGAAAAAGAAAGAGACGAAAAAGAGAGACAAGGACAAGGAGGGGAAGAUGGCCAAAGCACGCAAGCGCAAAAAAAUAGACAGUGACAUAGAGAGAGACUCGGAGCCAGACUAUGCCAUGAACUCUGACAGUGCUGCCAGCGAUUAUGGAGGAGAGAAGAAAAAGAAGAAGAAGCACAAGGACAAAAAAGAGAAGAAAACCAAGAAAAAGAAAAAAGAGGAUGAAGACAGUACACACGAAGAGACCACAAAGCCGGUAGAGAUGAAAACAUCGGCCCAGCUGGCAAGGGAGUGGGGACUGGAGGAUGUCGAUCACACAUUCACAGAAGAAGAUUACCGCACACUAACUAACUACAAAGCCUUCAGCCAGUUCAUGAGACCCAUGAUUGCUAAGAAGAACCCAAAAAUCCCCAUGUCCAAGAUGAUGACAAUUCUGGGGGCCAAAUGGCGAGAGUUCAGCUCCAAUAAUCCAUUCAAAGGCUCGGCAGCAGCCGUCGCUGCUGCUGCAGCAGCCGCCGCGGCAGCCGUUGCUGAGCAGGUCUCUGCAGCAACAGCCUCCCCUGAACCUCCGCCUCAGCCACCACCACUUCGCAAGGCCAAGACCAAAGAGGGCAAAGGCCCUGGCUUCAAGAAACGCAGUAAGAGUCCUCGUGUCUCAGAUAAGAAGAAGCCAAAAUCCAAGAAAAUGGCACCUCUGCGCAUUAAACUGGGAGCGCUUGGUAACAAGAGGAAGAAGAGUAGUUCGAGUGAGGAGGUGGAUGAAGAUGAUUCUGAGCAGGAAAACUCUAGCGUUCACAGUUCUUCAGUCCGCUCUGACAGCUCGGGACGGGUCAAGAAGAACAAAAGGGGUCGCCCAGCGAAGAAGAAGAAAAAGGUGCUGCUGGGUGAUGAGGAUGGCGAUGGUUAUGAGACUGACCAUCAGGACUACUGCGAGGUUUGUCAGCAGGGAGGAGAGAUCAUUCUGUGUGACACCUGUCCUCGAGCGUACCACCUGGUCUGUCUCGAGCCUGAGCUGGAGAAAGCCCCCGAGGGCAAAUGGAGCUGCCCUCACUGUGAGAAAGAAGGGAUCCAGUGGGAAGCGAAGGAAGAAGAUUUUGAGGACUUUGAAGAGGAGUGUGAUGAUGUCCGGGAUUUGGAGGCAGGGCUGGGUGGAGAGGAAGAGGAGGAUGAUCACAUGGAGUUCUGUCGUGUGUGCAAAGAUGGAGGAGAGCUGCUGUGCUGUGACUCUUGCCCGUCAUCCUAUCACAUUCACUGCCUGAACCCCCCAAUGCCCGAGAUCCCCAACGGAGAGUGGCUCUGUCCACGCUGCACUUGUCCCCCAAUAAAAGGGCGAGUACAAAAAAUUCUGCACUGGCGAUGGGGUGAUCCACCACCCCCUGUUCCUGUCCCUCCACCCCCAGACGCACCCCCUGAUGCACCGCCCCCUCCGCCUAUGAAGGGUCGUCCAGAGAGAGAAUUCUUUGUAAAGCUAGCAAGACAGUCCUACUGGCACUGCACCUGGAUCACAGAGCUACAGCUCGAGAUCUUCCACUCUGUGAUGUUCCGGAACUAUCAGAGGAAAACAGACAUGGAUGAGCCACCCAGUCUGGACUAUGGCUCGGGGGGAGAGGAGGAUUCUGGGAAGAGUGAGAAGCGAAGGGCCAAAGACCCUCAAUAUGCCAUUCUGGAAGAGAAGUACUACAGAUAUGGCAUCAAGCCAGAGUGGAUGAUGGUGCACAGAAUAAUCAAUCACAGUGUGGAUAAAAAGGGCAACUACCACUACCUGGUUAAAUGGCGAGAUCUGACCUAUGACCAGUGCACCUGGGAGAGAGAUGAGCUGGACAUCCCUGAGUUUGGUCCGCACAAAGCGGCGUACUGGAGACACAGGGAGGAAGUGAUGAAGGAAGACCCAGAGAAGCCAAGGAAGAUGAGGAGGAGAGAGGAGAAUGAUGAUGCUCCAAGCACGCCUGUUAAUGACCCGACAAUCAAGUAUGAAGAGCAGCCAGACUUUGUGACAGAGACGGGAGGUACAUUGCAUCUCUAUCAGCUGGAGGGGCUGAACUGGCUGCGGUUCUCCUGGGCUCAGGGAACAGACACCAUCCUGGCUGAUGAAAUGGGCUUGGGCAAGACCAUCCAGACUAUUGUUUUCCUCUACUCACUCUUUAAAGAGGGACACACUAAAGGUCCGUUCCUGGUGAGCGCACCACUGUCCACAAUCAUUAACUGGGAGAGAGAGUUUGAGAUGUGGGCUCCUGACUUCUACGUUGUCACUUACACCGGAGACAAGGACAGCCGGGCCAUCAUCCGUGAGAAUGAGUUCACCUUUGAUGACACGGCGGUGAAGGGAGGAAAAAAAACCUUCAAAUUACAGAGAGAAGCUCCCAUUAAGUUCCAUGUAUUGUUAACAUCCUAUGAGCUUGUGACCAUAGACCAGAACGUCCUCAAGUCCAUUGAAUGGGCCUGUCUUGUAGUGGAUGAAGCCCACCGCCUCAAAAACAACCAGUCCAAGUUCUUCAGGAGACUGAAUGACUACAAGAUAGACCAUAAGCUGCUGCUAACAGGAACUCCACUCCAGAACAACCUGGAAGAACUUUUCCACUUGCUCAACUUCCUGACGCCCAACCGCUUCAAUAAUCUAGAGGGUUUUCUAGAGGAGUUUGCGGACAUCUCUAAAGAGGACCAGAUUAAGAAACUGCACGACCUGCUCGGCCCACACAUGCUCCGGAGACUCAAAGCUGAUGUGUUUAAGAACAUGCCGGCCAAAACUGAGCUGAUCGUCCGAGUGGAGCUCAGCCCCAUGCAGAAAAAAUACUACAAGUUCAUUCUGACGCGUAAUUUCGAGGCGCUGAAUUCUAAGGGAGGAGGGAACCAGGUGUCUCUGCUCAACAUUAUGAUGGAUCUAAAAAAGUGCUGCAACCACCCCUACCUCUUCCCCGUCGCUUCUGACGAAGCUCCCAAAACACCAAGUGGAGCGUAUGAAGGUUCAGGUCUCACUAAGGCUUCUGGGAAACUCAUGCUGCUGCAGAAAAUGCUCAGAAAACUUAAAGAGCAAGGCCAUCGAGUGCUAGUGUUCUCUCAGAUGACCAAGAUGCUGGAUUUGCUGGAGGAUUUCCUGGAUUAUGAGGGUUAUAAGUACGAGCGAAUUGAUGGAGGCAUCACUGGAGCUCUCCGACAGGAAGCCAUUGACAGAUUUAAUGCUCCUGGUGCAUGUCAGUUUUGUUUUCUUCUCUCUACACGAGCGGGCGGUCUGGGAAUAAACUUGGCCACUGCGGACACAGUCAUCAUCUUUGACUCCGACUGGAAUCCCCACAAUGAUAUACAGGCCUUUAGCCGAGCUCACCGUAUUGGUCAGGCCAAUAAGGUGAUGAUAUAUCGGUUCGUGACACGGGCCUCGGUGGAGGAACGAAUUACUCAGGUGGCCAAAAGGAAGAUGAUGCUCACACACCUGGUGGUGCGGCCCGGUCUGGGAUCAAAAGCCGGAUCCAUGUCUAAACAAGAGUUGGAUGACAUCCUCAAGUUUGGCACGGAGGAGCUUUUCAAGGAUGAGAUUGAGGCAGGGGACAAUAAAGAUGAUGAUAGCAGCGUAAUUCACUACGACAAUGUUGCUAUCGAGCGUUUGCUAGAUCGCAGCCAGGAUGCCACAGAUGACUCUGACAUGCAGAACAUGAAUGAGUAUCUGAGCUCCUUCAAGGUGGCCCAGUACGCUGUCAGAGAAGAUGACAAGAUAGAGGAGAUCGAGAGAGAGAUCAUUAAGCAGGAAGAGAAUGUGGAUCCCGAUUACUGGGAGAAACUCUUGAGGCAUCACUAUGAACAACAGCAGGAAGAUCUGGCCCGCAAUCUCGGCAAAGGAAAGAGAGUCCGCAAACAGGUCAACUACAAUGACGCGGCUCAGGAGGACCAAGAGUGGCAUGCUGACAUUUCAGAUAACCAAUCAGAAUACUCCGUGGGCUCUGAGGAGGAAGAUGAGGACUUUGAUGAGAGACCUGAGGGUCGCAGACAGUCACGCAGGCAGCUCAGAAAUGAGAAGGAUAAACCACUGCCUCCCCUGUUGGCCAGAGUGGGUGGCAACAUUGAGGUAUUGGGCUUUAAUACGCGUCAGAGAAAAGCUUUCCUGAACGCCAUCAUGAGAUGGGGUAUGCCAGCCCAGGACGCCUUCUCAUCCCAGUGGCUCGUGCGAGACCUCCGCGGCAAGAGUGAAAAGGAGUUCAAGGCAUACGUGUCUCUCUUCAUGAGGCACCUCUGUGAGCCGGUGGCUGACGGUUCAGAGACCUUCGCUGAUGGUGUCCCGCGAGAGGGGCUCUGCAGGCAGCCGGUUCUGACACGUAUAGGAGUCAUGUCUCUAGUAAAGAAGAAGGUGCAAGAGUUUGAGCACAUUAACGGGAAAUGGAGCAUGCCCGAACUAAAGCCAGAGAUUACUGUGGACUCCAAGAAGUCUUCAAGAGCUUCUUCACCUGCCAUUAAGACAGAUACUCCCACACCUGAAAUGAGCUGCAACAACACACCGUGCACCUCCAAACCAGCCACUCCCUCUCCACCUGACAAGAUAGAAAAGAGUACGAAAGAGGUGGAGAAAGACGAGUGUGAGUCCCAAACAGAACCAGAGAGAGAGAGAGAGAAGGAAAAAGGAAAGGAGGGGGAGAGUGUGGAAAGCACAGAACAUGCAGAGACUUCCACCACAGUGAAAGAGGGUGAAAAAGAUCCUGAAACCAGUGAAAAAGCCCAAACAUCCGAAAGUCCAACAAAAGCUUCUGAUGAUUCAAAAACAAAGCAAAGUCCUGAAAUUUCUCAGUCUUCUCCAAAAGAAAAGAGUGAGAAAGAAAAUCAAGAGGAUGAGAGCACUGAAAAAGAGGCCUCUCCGGAAAAAAUGUUUGAUUCUCCUUCUGUUAAAGACGAGAGCAGAGAGGCUUUGAAAGGGGAAAAAGGAGAGAAACGAGAAAAGGCUGGAGAAGAAAAGGAGAAGAGUGAAGUGGCAUCUCCUCCCACAGAAACAACCGAAAAGAAAGAGAAAUUAGAUCUAUCUUCUGAUGUCAAAAAAGAGGAGGUGAAGGGUGAGAAGGAUGCUGUGAAGGAGGUCAGAGGACAGAGGGAGGAGGUGCCCAAAGGGAACAGCAAACCCACAGAGCGUCCACGAUUUAUGUUCAAUAUCGCAGAUGGAGGAUUCACAGAACUCCACACUCUUUGGCAGAAUGAGGAGCGGGCGGCCAUUUCAUCAGGCAAGAUCAAUGAGAUCUGGCACCGGCGGCACGACUUCUGGCUGCUGGCAGGCAUCGUGUGCCAUGGCUAUGCUCGGUGGCAGGACAUUCAGAACGACCCGCAGUUCGCCAUCGUAAACGAACCUUUCAAAACGCAAGCCAACAAGGGAAACUUCUUAGAGAUGAAAAACAAGUUCCUGGCCAGGCGGUUUAAGCUGCUAGAGCAGGCCCUGGUGAUAGAGGAGCAGUUGCGUCGUGCUGCAUACCUCAACAUGACCCAGGAUCCAACUCACCCGGCCAUGGCCCUGAACGCUCGCUUUGCUGAGGUUGAAUGUCUAGCCGAGUCCCAUCAACAUCUCAGCAAGGAAUCACUCGCAGGAAACAAACCUGCCAAUGCCGUGUUGCAUAAGGUUCUUAACCAACUGGAGGAGCUUCUGAGUGACAUGAAGGCAGACGUAAUGCGGCUCCCAGCCACACUCUCUAGAGUCCCGCCGAUCACAGCCCGCCUGCAGAUGUCAGAGAGAAGCAUCCUCAGCAGACUGGCCAACAAAGGCAACGAGACACACACACCACCGCCUAUUCCUCCAGGCCCGUACGCCACCCCACAAAACUACGGCCCUCCCUUCACACCUGCACCUUCAGCGGCUCUCACUCUGGCAGGGGCCAACUACAACCAGAUGCCCCCUGGCGCUUUCAUAUCAGAAGCUCCGUCCUGCCUGAAGACCAAGGAACACGACGUGCUGCAGCGCCAGAGGGUGGUGGACCUGUGGAAGGACGGCAAGUCGGAAGGGUCAAUUGGGCAAGAGCUUCGCAUGCCCAAAUCCACUGUGCACAGCAUCAUCGUCAAGUAUCGACUCAGCAACACGGUGGAGAACCUGCCACGCAACGGACGGCCCAAAAAACCAUGACCUGAAAGAGGGAUGGAUGGAGGAUGAGAGGGAUGAAGCGACUGUAGAAUGUGAGGGGCAGAAAGCCUAGAGAAAAAAAACAUGAUUAAACUAGACAGCAUUGGAGGCUACAAAGAGGUGAAAGCAUCUGAAAAUACUGUAGCCGAGAGCAUAUUGUAGCAGGUUAGGAAGAGCUGCUGGACUUCUUGAGAGAGGAUACUCUUCAGUCAACAUGGUUAAUAAUAGAUAGACAAAAUGCAAAUGAGAAUGCAAAAGAGAGAAAUGAAGUAGGAAAAAGAGAGCUGAAAGGAGAGCCGUGUGGAUGACGAAAACACAGACCUCUUCUGCCCUUUCCAGCACUUUUUUUCUCUCUCACACUCUCUCUCUCCCCUUGCCCCCUCCAUUCCCUUCCUUUAAUUUGUCGGUCCGAGAGAAGUCCCAGCAGAUUAACUUUUCAUUUGGCCAAAGGAGUGAAAGCGCACGUUUAAGUCCCCGAAACCUUCCCUCCCUAAUUCCACCACAAAUCACUAUUCCUCUGCAUCAAUUUAUACAGUAUCUCUUUCUUUUAACAUUUCUCCACUCUCCUUCUCUCUCACACGCACAUGCUGCCUCACAAAGUCAGAAGAGAAGGAUUCCAAAGAAGCCAGUUUUUCCAAAAUACCACUGUCAUUAAUACCCCGACCCAAUCAAAACUGUUUUGGAACUGAGGCACAGUGGAGUGGAACUAUCUUUAUCCUGGAAACUGCGGGCCUCUCGAAAAACUCUCCAGCCACGGACUCUCUGCGUUCCUAAACCAGGACUGUGCAAUGUUAAACUGGCUUGAAAUCACUCCAUAUACAUGAAGACUGACUCUUCAUCACAGCAACCUGUCCAGUGGUGUGAUAUCUGCACCUGAUGUGAGGUUAGAUCUUCCAGAGCUAACUUAUUGAAGGAAUGCACUGAUCCUGGGUCAGAAGACCUUCGUUCUGAGCGUGCACACGAUUCAGUUGGUCUGACCAAAUUCCUGUGCUGUGCUAGAGCCAGAUUCAAUCCCCAGCAGGACGUUUAUACAGUACAUGACUGUUGUAUGAGAACUCCCUGCAUUCUACAAAAAUGCACAAACACUCCCACGUGUGCACAACUCAUGCACGCUUGAGAGCCACUUAAGUAGCUCUGUGUUUUCCACCACAUGGUGUGUUUUGUUGUAAUGGCAGUUGAGUGUGCGUGGUCUUGCAGUAUCAAUGAACUGAAGCUGAUUGUGCAUAUGUUUGUGUUCGGGUGUGAGUGUACUGUACGAUUGAAGAUUGAAGGGCUGCUGGUGUGUGAGUGAUUAAUUGUGUGAGUGUGCUGGUUGUUUGGAUAGGCUGGGUCACUGAGGCCAGCUGCCAUGUUUCUGCAUGUUUUUCUGGUUUAUGGAGAAGUAGAGAGGCUGGUGUGCAGGAGCAAAACUGGGUGCCCUCAGAUAAUGUUUGGUCAGAGAAAGUGGCAUACAGAGAUGGUUGAAAGGCAGACAGUCUGAGAAAGAGAUCUGAAUAACACUUUUAUGGGCGACUAGUGGAUAUUUUGAUUUAAUGUGUUGAUUUUUUUCUUCAUUUAAUUGGGAUGAAAAAGCCUAAUUUAUUUUCUGUAUUUUAUAAAAGCAAGUUAAUUAAAAAAAACUGCAUAUUAAAGGCUGUAAACACAAAUAUAGAUGUAUAAAAGUCGGCUUUACUAAAUACAAUGGACAAUAAAAUGAAUACAAUCAAAUAUAAAUGUUACAAAAAUCAACUGUUUACAGGAACACAAACAUUUCCAGACAUAGAGUUUGGGGUUUAGUAGGGUUCGUUUAAUGUUUUUGAAAGAUGUCCGUUAUAUUCACCAAGGCUGCAUUAAUUUGAUAUAUCAUUCUAAUGUGCUGAUUUGGUGCUCAAGAAUAAUUUUCUUUGUUAUUAUCAAUGUUGAAUAGUUGUGCCGCUUAAUAUUUUUGUGUAAACACUGAUGCAUUGUUCACACUAUUCUUUGAACAGAAAGCUGAAUAGAACAGCAUUUAUUUGAAAUAGAACUUUAAAACAUUAUAAAUGUCUUUAAUUUUAAUUUGAUCAAUCGGCAUUAUUUCUUUGUAAAUAUAUAUCUUACUGUCCCCUUACUUUUGAACAGUAUUAUUGUAACGUGUUAUAUAAUAUAUUUUUCUUCUGAAUAGGUUUUCCUGUAAAGGACUUUUUAUAUUUAUAUCUCAUUAGAGUUACUGUGCUCUGUUAAAAAUAUUUGUACUGGUGUUGCAUGUAUUUCAAUUACAUAAUUAAAUUAGAUAUUUAAAAUCCAAAUUUAACAUACAAAAAAAAUUAUAUUUCAUCAAAAUGAAUUAUUGACCUUUUAAGUAAAACAAGGCCUAAUUAAUAGAUAAUGAUAGUCUUGUUUUAGAUUUCAUUUGUUUUUAUCAUAUUUAAUAUUCAUUAUUAUUGAUUUGAUCAUUUAAUCAUUAAAGCCCUAGAUAUAGAGGCAGACAGCCUGGCAAGAGAGAGAAGAAAAAAAAAACUAAAAGAAAGAGUCAGUCUGAGAGAGUGAAUUGCUCUGAGAGGGACAGAAACACACGGUCUGAAUGAGACAUUUUAAAGUAGAUAGACAGUCUGGUUAAAAAAAGUAAUCUGAGAGAGACCGUCUGUGAAAAAGAAGCAGUGAAAAAGGCAGUGAGACAGUCUGUGAGAGAGACGGAUAGUUCCAGGAUUGUUGAUUGUAGAAGCAGAGAGUCAAGUCACUCCGAGAUCUGAAUCUGAGUAAUGAAUUAUUUUCCUUGGCUCACGCUGGAGGAGUAUGCAGUACAACGUUCAGAGAUAUGAAAGUCACCCAGCGGGUUUCUAGCUCAGCAUUUCCCCCUUGUAAAGAGCCUCAAUGCAUUCCAAGCUCUCUCCAGACGCGUUCCCAUCUGAAGGCCAUGCAUUCUUCUUUUCUUAUUGCAUGUUUACGAAACGGUGCCAGUCUUAAUCAGAUAAUUGAACUCGAGCAUUAGCAUUAGCCUGUUCCAGUGCACACAUUUCUUUUUUGCACUCUCCAGAACAUUAAUCUCAGCCAAAACCUGCAGCAUAACAAACAUCUCUAGCGUUAUUGUCCUUGGAAGAACUUUGGUUGUGUAAUUUUGAGGAACACAUGCCAAGAAGGAUUGUUCCUUUGAAGAUCUUGCAACUGUUCCUCGGUUCCCUGCAUGUUUAGGCCUGAGACAAAACAGGUGCCCCGAGUGCACAGUCAAGGUGGCUGUCAGUCACCUUGUGUUCAGGAUAUUGUGCAACAAAUAAAAUAAAUUUUGGUUUUGAAAAGGUAUGCAGUUCUUUAAACCAAAGGUAGUAAAUGCUAUAACUCCAAUAACAGAAUAGAAUAGAAUAGCAACAUAUUCGCAUAAACAUCUUGAACGUCAGUAAAAUCUUCCAAUCUCAUGCAAAACUCAGAAUUGUGCAGAUUCCUGUUGAAAAGACUGGAUUUCGCCCGUGAUAUUUCGCUGAGCAAUGGUUAACGUAACCGUAAUUUUAUAUUGUAGGUCAUUUAUAAUCAUUUCAUGCGUUCACUAGAACACGUACAGUACUGUAUGUACUGUCUUAGAGGUUUAUAUAUGACUCGAGUCAUACUGUGAGUUUGCAAAAAAUAAAAAAAAACUACACAUACAGCAAAUGAAGCUAAAACGUUUCAAACACUAUACACUCACUAUGUGCUUGUGUGUGGUGAUGAACUAAAAUGCUCAGUACUGUUGUCCUCACAUAUAUCGUUUUAUAGAGGAUGAGGUUUUGUAUUAUUAUUAGUAUUAUUAAUACUACUGUGUAUGGUAUAUAGUACACUCUGACUGUAUGCAAGUUUACCCAUUAAAGGAUGUUAACAAUGGA